AUGGCAUGUUUAUAUUUUUAUGAUUUAUUAUCAAAAACGAAUCCUAUCCUUGGAAAAGAAGCUGAAGUAUAUGCUUAUCGAAAUGUUAUUAAUGAACUUGUCUGUCAAACAUUUCUAUUAUCUCGUACCUAUUUACCACCACAUAUGCAAGUUUGUAUUUUUCGUCGUCUGCUUCCAGUUCUCCUACAAACAGCUGAAAUUUUUCGAUCUUCAAUUGCUCGUAGACGAUCACAAACAUCAUCACAUAGGACAAUUCAAGAAAUGGUACUAUCAGAACGAGAGAGUCAGAUUAUCAAUCAACUAUUGGACUUUACAAUUCAUCUAACUAAAGUGUCACCCCUCAUUAAAUUGCCAACAUCACUCACCUUUGAUAUUCUUUAUCGAGAAGCAGUUGGCCAAUGUUUUCUUGUUCGCUUUCUCGAAGCCAUAAUUGAACAAGAUAUUGAACAGUCGUAUUUAUAUGAAUAUUAUUUGUUUGAAGGUGUAUGGCAAGGAUAG